CUCCUCCCUCCGCCCUGGAAAGGAGUCCGGAAGAGAAGAAGCAGAGCCUACAAAGAGAGGAAGGAAGGGCAGGCGGGCUGCUCUCGCUCGUUGCCUUUGCUGCCUUCUAGGCCAUGGGCCUUUGGUUCAUGACAUAAUACGACGGGUUCUUCAUCCGGAAUGGAAACUACUUUGGAGUCUAGAGUGAAGAUGGAGGAGCCAAACCCACCCAGCUCUGAUGGAGAAAAAGAGCCCAAUGCAACAUGGGAUAGGAAAAGUCUUGUUUCCUGCAGGAGAACUGCAGUGCAUGUCCUGGACGAAAGAGCGUUGAACUCGGAUGUCCAGUGCCAACGUUUCCGCUGCUUCCGCUUCCAGGAGGCCGAGGGCCCUCGCGAAGUUUGCAACCAGCUUCAUGCUCUUUGCAGCCAGUGGCUGAAACCAGAGCAACACACCAAGGCGGAGAUGCUGGAUCUGGUGAUCCUGGAGCAGUUCCUGGAUGUCCUCCCCCCAGAGAUGGAGAGCUGGGUCAGGGAAUGUGGGGCGGAGACCACUUCCCAGGCGGUGGCCCUGGCUGAGGGCUUCCUCCUGACUCAGGCAGAGGUGAAGAAGAUGAGGCAGGAAAAGCAGCAGGAAACUCAUCUCCUUCAGGCCCAGGAGGUCCCACCUGACGUUGGUCAGAGAUUCCCUUCCAGGUGGGUCAAGCUGGAAGGGGACAGAAGAGCCGCUCCACUGGGAGACGAAUUCAGGAAGCUGGAAAGAUGUAAGAGCUCAUUUCCUUGUGAAGUGGGAGAAAUGGCCUCAGUGGAACAGGAUCAGGUGACGUUUGAGGAUGUGGUUGUACAUUUCAGCGAGGAGGAGUGGGCCCUGCUGGGUCUGGAUCAACGGAGCCUCCACUGGGAGGUCAUGGAAGAAAAUUAUAAGAUGGUGGCUUCUCUUGGUGGUGAUGGGCAGGGGAGUGAAAAUGGAGAAGCGCCAUAUAAAGUGUGGAUAAAAACAGAGAAAUGUGAAGAAGAGGAAGAGGAGAACCUAAGAAUGGAAGCAGAAGAAGACGGAAUGAACCAGUGUUUUGUUGAUAUCUGGGAAAUUCAAGAAAAAUCAGACGAAACCAGGGAGAUCUGGAACUACCUUGCCUAUGAGAAAGGCUUCCUCCAUGAGGGAUCGCACAUUAAAGAUGACAUCACAAACCACAUAGAGGAAGGGCAACCUAAUUGCUACCAAUCAGGAGAAAGCUUUGGGUGUAGCAUAUAUCUUACGAACCAUGAGGAAUACCAUAUGGUAGAGAAGCCAUAUAAAUGCCUGGAGUGUGGGAAAGGCUUCUAUCACAGUGCAAAUCUUAGCAGGCACAAAAAAACGCACAUGGUUGAGAAACCCUAUAAAUGCCUGGAGUGUGGAAAGGGCUUUGCUGAAAAGAGGAAUCUCAUAGGGCAUGAAAUGAAUCACAGGGGAGAGAAACCCUAUAAGUGUCUGCAAUGUGGGAAGGGCUUUAGCUACAAAUCAGUGCUCAAAAGCCACCAGAACAGUCAUAUGGAAGAGAAAUCAUACACAUGCCAGGAGUGUGGGAAGAGCUUCAGUUGGAGAUCGACCCUCACGCGGCACCAAAAAACGCACUUGGGAGCAAAGCCGUAUGCAUGCUUGGAGUGUGGGAAAUGCUUUGCCGAAAAGAGAACUCUCCUUGGGCACGAAAUGAACCACAGAGGAGAGAAACCCUAUCAAUGUUCGAAAUGCGGGAAGUGCUUCAGCUUCAAGUCAGUCCUCAAAACUCACCAGAAUAGUCACACGGAAGAGAAAUCGUACACGUGCCUGGAGUGCGGGAAGAGCUUCAAUCAGAGAGCAACUCUCAAGAGGCACCAAAACAGCCACUUUGGAGAAAAGCCACACAAAUGCCUGGAGUGUGGAAAGUGCUUCCACCAAAGAGGAGACCUCAGUCGGCACGAAAAGACCCACAUCGGAGAGAAGCCGUUUAAAUGCCUGGAGUGUGGGAAAGGCUUUGCUGAAAAGAGGAGCCUCCUUGGGCACGAAAUGAUCCACAGGGGAGAGAAACCCUAUAAAUGCCUGGAGUGUGGGAAGAGCUAUAGCUACAAAUCAGUCCUCAAAACUCACCAGGAGAGCCAUAGAGCAGAGAAGGCGUACAUCUGCCAAGAGUGUGGAAAGAGCUUUAGUAAGAGGUCGGCCCUCGCUAGACACCAGAAUAUUCACGCCAUGAAGAAAACGCAGACAGAUGAAAAGCCACCAUGGCUUUUGUGUAGUUUCCCUCCAGUUGAUGCAAGCGGUCUUGGAUCAUCUUUUGACACAAGUUGAGUACUGGUCUUGUGAUACUAUUUGUGCUUUUCUGACUGAUAUGAUGUUUUCUUUUCUGCGGUAAGUUCUUUUGUUUGGUGCUUGUUUUGGAAACUUCUUUAUGAUUCGUUCAGUUUCUUCUCGGCUUUUGCAGAUUUGGACAAAUCAAGGUUUUAUGUGGCCUCAGGGUGUAAUGGUUUGAGCAUUGGACUGCCACUCUGGAGACGAGGGCUCGAAGUCUCAUGUGGGAAUGGAAACUCGCUUGAUGACCUUGAUCAAGUCGCCUUCUCUCAGCCUCAGUGGAAGGCAGAAGCAAAGCCCCUUGGACACAUCCUGCCAAGAAGUUCCUGUGCUAGUGUUGCCUUAGAGUAGUAUCUCUCAACCUUCCAAAUGCCGCGACCCCUUAAUACAGGUCCUCAUGUUGUGGUUGUUGCACAGCAAGUGGAUCUUAGCCACAUCCCAAGCACAAGACAUUCAGGCAAGAGUAGAAAUGAACAGAAAAAUCUUUACUCUUAAUAGCAAAGAUGAAACACAAACUUGUGCAUACAAAAACAAACAGUGCAGGAAACUUACAUAGUCUUUGUAAGUAACACAAAAUAAGGCAUCUUCAUCUUAAGUCAAAUGAGAAAGCAAAACAUAAACCUUGAGAAAAAGCUCUCCAGAACUGUAUUCUAAAAACCCAUACAGUUAUACCCUAUCAGGUGUGGUCCAAGAUUGCUGGUUGACCUACAUUACCAGCUGCACAUGAUAAUUACCAUCAUAAGGUUUUUCUUCAACACACACACACACACGGUCCUGCUACAACUUACUUUAACAGUGAUGACUCCCAACCAUGACAUUAUUGUCGAAGGCUUUCAUGGCUGGAAUCACUGAGUAGUUGUGUGUCCAAGAUUGCUGGUUGACCUACAUUACCAGCUGCACAUGAUAAUUACCAUCAUAAGGUUUUUCUUCAACACACACACACACACACACUUGGUCCUGCUACAACUUAUUGUAACAGUGGUGACCCCCAAUCAUGACAUUAUUGUCGAAGGCUUUCAUGGCUGGAAUCACUGAGUUGUGUGUUUUCCGGGCUGUCUGGCCAUGUUCCAGGAGCAUUUUCUCCUGACGUUUUGCCCACAUCUAUGGCAGGCACCCUCAGAGGUUGAAGCGUCUGUUGGAAACUAGGCAAGUGGGGUUUAUAUAUCUGUGGAAUAAUGUCCAGGGUGGGAGAAAGAACUCUGUUCUGUUUGAGGCAAGUGUGAAUGUUGCAGUUGGCCAUCUUGAUUAGCAUUGAAUGGCUUUGCUGCUUCAAAGCUUGGCUGCUUCCAUCCUGGGGGGGAAUCCUUUGUUGGGAGGUAAACACAACAACCCAUAAAAUUAUUUUCGUUGCUACU